AUGCCGCCAAAAGGAAAAGAGAAAGCUACCUCGCCGUCACUUGACGAAACGCUUGGGGAGAUGGAUGAUGUGGGAACGGGUGACGACAGCGCUGAACUUAGGGCCAGUCAGGAUGCGGCACUAGCUUUGGCGAUGCAGCGAAAAGAGUAUGGCGAUCUUGAGCAAGUUCGGGAAGAUCAUAACGCUGAGUCCGAAGGAAUGGAAGAUGACUCUGAUGACUCACUCAACGAAUUGUUUAGAGACUCGCUCAACGACCCGCCUGAUGAUGUAGGUGAUGAAGAACAGCCCGACGACGCCCCAAUCGAUUCCGAAAAUGAUGCAGAGGAGCCAGCGCCUGCCGAACCCCCACCUCCCGUCCUGACGGCUGCUGAACAACAAGCGCAAGAUCGGGAACGAGCAGAUGCGAUCGUCGAUAUAGGCCAAAACUGGGGUCCAGACUUUGCCACGAUGGGAAACUGGAUAGCAGACAACAACUGGCUCCAGGGUAAAACAGACAAUCUGACAGAACAGAACUGUGAGAUCGACACAAUACGCGAGUUCCGACACUUGUCGGAGUUGACGAAGGGUCAAGGUCGAGAGAUAAUACACCAAAUUGAGCAGUUUUACCUGAUACGGUGGACCAAAGGACGCGAACGGCCUAUAGGCAAAUACUGGCACGAGAAACAGGUGAGCUUGCGCGAGGAUUUGAGAAGACUGCGUGAAGGGGAGUGGGUGAAGCCAGAGAAUGAGAAAAAGCCAAAGAAACGUAAGGGGAAAGCUGCGCGGAAGACGACACCCCGGAAGAGAGCGAAGACUAAGGCUAGCCGUCAAGAACCAGUUGAUGAAGAUGAUGAGGACACUUCCGACUCAUCUCCGGAUGAAAUACCAGCGAAGGAACCAAUCAAGAAGAAAGGUGGUAAGGGAAAGGGAAAGAAGGCGAACGAUGCAGAAACGACCGACAAGAACGGAAUUCCCAUUACCAGUAUAACAUCGGAAGCACAGAGAGACGCUGCACUCCGACGCAUAUAUCAUAACUGGCAGAUAAGCUCGCUGCACGGACACUUCCACUCGAGGCUGCACGAAGACGAUGUUAGCGACGACGAGCAUAUUGAAUGGAGCGUCAUCGAGCUGCUUCGCGACCUGUCAGAAGUUAGUGCUACCCACGCGCAGGGUGAAGAGAUCAGAGAGGAUCUCGAAGCACAUCUGAGAGAGAUGAACGAGUAUGACCUGGCGUCUCUCCAUCGUAGGAUAACAAUCACUGGUCAGGACUAUCAUACUGCGGCAGAGAGAAGAGCAAAGGAAGAAAAGGCAAGACGACGUCAGGAAGCGGCCGAAGAAAAACGCCAAAGGCUAGCUGCAGCGAACAACAAGGACAAUGGCGAAGGACCAGCAGCUGAAGCUGAAGAUGAAGAUGCUGAAAAGCGGCCAGCCAACGUUGCUGUAGCCCCAGCGCCAGUCGGCACGAGAUCAAACCGAGCUCAAAGUCAGCGAACCACCUCGCGCAGAACUAGAGCGAGUGUCGCAGCCGAAGCUCGUGAAAGGGCUCAAUUAGCAGGAAACAACUCUUCACAGUCACUGGUAGUCAAGCUGAAAGUACCUCCUGGCGCACUUCGAACAGAUGGGCCCUCAGCUGGCGACGCAUCAAGCGCCGCUCAGUCGGGCAGCAAAGCAAAGGCCGCGACUAGGGAUCGCUCGGCGUCUGCAGCUCAGCAGGAAGGAGGCGAAGUUGCUGAUCCGGAUGAUCUCGAGACACCAGCUCCUCCCCCAGAUGAGCAACAAGCUGAACAGGCAAAUUCAUUACUAGAGCAACAGCGGGAGCAACGGGUACCUUCGCCAACUCCAGCAUCACCCAACAUCCAACAAGACGAGCCCGAGCCCGUCCUCGCAAAUGACUCAGCGCCGCCAGAGCCCCAGCCAGGCCCCCAAGCACCACCGUCCCCAGCGCACGUUGAAUAUCAACAGCCCCUACACCCCCGCUACACCACACGUACCGAGGCUGAAUCAUUCGCACUGCGACUAGCCUGGGACGAAGUAUCCACCGAAGAAACGAGACUCGGGGUAUUGCGAGCUCGACGUGUGGUAGCUGCUCUUCAGAACGAAGAUGGGCUACAGCAAGACAUCCUAAGACUAAAUGUUACUGAGCAGGAACAUCGUCUUUCUCUGGCAUACGGGAGAGCGAUGCGUCUCGGAAGACCGCAGAGAGUGGGUGAGACGGUUGGGCUGGGUGAGGAGGAGCGCACGCAGAGACGGAGUGGUGAUGGCGGAGAUGUAGUAGAAGAGCGAGAGCAGAACCGGGAAGGGGGAGCUGGAGAGGGUGGAGAUCACGAAUCGGGCGCUAGGGAAGGAGAGGGUGAUGGAGAAGGUGACGAGUAUGGAGGAGAAGACAGGUCUAUUCCUACCGGUUCACGCAGGUCGUAG